UCUGAGCACCGAGAGGGACUGAAGGAGAACAAAAAGUGACGGAUUCUCACAAACAGAAGCCUCUCUCGUCUGAGAGAUGCUUUCGAAAAAUAUUUACCAAAAACCGCCUGGAUAUAUGUGAAGUUUUUGAAGAGGCAGCCGGUGAUCAUCCAGCUGGUCUGGUGGUUCUGUGCAGAUCACGGUACGAUAAUGGGGCACUUGGUUUCACUGCUUGUGCUGCUCCUGCAGCUCCUCCGUGGCUGCGCAGGGAACCAAAGGACGGUGGGGGCAGCCUCCAUGCAGUUCACCCACUCUGUUUACAAUGCCACCAUAUACGAGAACUCUGCUGCUAAGACUUACUUAGAGAGUCACACCAAGAUGGGGAUCUACAUCACAGACCCAACCUGGGAGAUACGGUACAAAAUCAUCUCUGGGGACAAUGAGAACUUAUUCAAAGCAGAGGACUACCUGCUGGGAGAUUUUAGUUUUCUGCGGAUAAGGACCAAAGGAGGCAGCACUGCCAUUCUGAACCGGGAGGUUAAAGACCACUACAUGCUGACUGUUAAGGCGUCGGAGAGGGGCACUAACUUCGAGUGUCGCACUACAGUAAAGGUGCAGGUACUGGACACCAAUGAUUUAAGGCCCCUCUUCUCGCCAACAUCCUACAGCAUCUCUCUGCCUGAGAACACAGCCAUACGCACCAGUGUGGCCAAGGUCACGGCUACGGAUGCAGAUAUCGGUACAAAUGGAGAGUACUACUACAGUUUCAGGGAAUGGACGGACAUGUUUGCAGUUCAUCCAACAAGUGGGGUGGUGACGCUGACCGGCAAGCUUGAUUACUCUGAGACAAAGCUGUAUGAGUUGGAGAUCCUUGCAGUGGAUAGAGGGAUGAAGCUGUAUGGCAGUAGUGGAUUCAGUAGCAUGGCCAAACUCACAGUGAGAGUGGAGCAGGCAAACGAGCAUGCACCUGUAAUCACCGCUGUAAGCAUUGCACCAUCAGAUGCAGACCAUGACCCCACAUAUGCUAUUGUGACGGUAGAAGAUAGUGACCAGGGACCAAACGGAGAGAUAGCAUCGCUGAGUAUUGUAGCUGGCGACCCUCUUCAGCAGUUCAAACCUGUGAGGACCAGCCCUGGGAGCAAGGAGUAUAAAAUCAAAGCAGUCAAAGAGGUAGACUGGGACAGCCAGCCUUUUGGAUACAACCUCACUUUACAGGCUAAGGACAAAGGCAGCCCCCCUCAAUUUUCAUCGGCUAAAUUGGUACAUGUCACUUCGGCACAGUUCAAAGUGGGCCCUCCUAUAUUUGAAAGAGCCGUUUACAGAGUCAAUCUGAGUGAAUUCGCCCCUCUUAACACACCUGUCACUAUGGUAACAGCCCUGCCAAAGUACCCACAGCUUAAAUAUGCUUUUAGACACAAAUCUGACAGGAACAGAUUUACUAUCAAUCCAGACACUGGCUUAAUCAGCACCGCAGGACCAAUCAAUGCUGACGUUGCCCCAAGAUUUGAGCUAGAUGUGAUUACCAGUGACAAAAAAGCAGCCGCAAAAGUAAUCGUUGAUGUGAUUGAUGUGAAUAACAAUGGACCCGAGUUCCAGCAGACAUCUUACAAGGCCACCGUAGAUGAGAAUGUACCCAUAGGGACCAGUGUGGUUACAGUUAAAGCCACUGAUUUAGACAAAGGGGAGAACGGCUAUGUGACCUACAGCAUUACCAAUCUGAGCCCUCAGCCGUUUGUCAUCGAUUACUUCUCUGGUGUCAUCAGCACUUCAGAGGUCAUGGAUUAUGAGCUCAUGCCAAGGAUUUACUAUCUCAAAGUCAGAGCAUCAGACUGGGGAUCCCCUUUCCGGAGAGAGGUGGAGGCAUCAGUUAUCAUUACAUUAAAUAACCUGAAUGACAAUAAGCCUCUGUUUGAAAAUGUGGACUGUGAAGUGACUGUGCCCAGAGAUCAUGGCGUCGGAGAGCAGAUAACAACAGUGUCUGCCAUUGAUGCUGAUGAACUGCAGCUGGUACGGUACUAUAUUAGAGCUGGAAAUGAUCUCGACCUGUUCGAACUGAACCCAAACUCUGGCAUGCUUUCCCUGAAGCACACGCUGAGUGAGGGAGAUGCAGCUAAAGUGUCCCAUCACAGUUUACAGAUCAUCGCGACGGACGGCGAACACGAGACUUACCCUAUGAUCAUGAACAUAACUGUCAUCACUGCACGGAAGCCUGUCCAGUUGAAAUGUGUCGAGACUGGUGUAGCUACCAUGUUGGCAGAAAAGCUACUCCAGGGCAGCAGAAUCCACACGCAGACUGAGCCGGAUGACAACUUAAUGGACAUUCACUCAGUGAACCGGUACUCUCCUCAGUUCUCAGAGUCUUUCCCCAGUGUUAUUGAAGUUAAAGAGGACCUCCCAGUGGGGGCUCGGAUUGUCCAUUUGAGUGCCACUGACUCAGACAGUGGCUUCAAUGGAAAACUGGUGUACGUUAUCUCAGGGGGAGAUACAGAAAGCCGCUUUAUUGUAGAUAUGGAAACUGGCUGGCUUUUGGUUUACUCUCCUCUUGACAGGGAAACAACGGACUACUACACUCUGAACAUUACAGUUUACGAUUUAGGCAUACCCCAGAAAUCUGCAUCACGCCUUCUGGGUGUUAAGAUUCUAGAUGCAAACGACAACAGCCCACAAUUCUUGCAAGACUCAUACUCAGUUGAAAUAAGUGAAAGCACGCCUGUUGGAACAGAAAUUAUCCAGGUGGAUUCAACAGACAAAGAUCAAGGACACAAUGGAGUCGUGAGGUAUUCAAUUUUGGGAGGAACCAAUCAUUUUUCAAUCAAUGAGGAGACCGGGGUUGUGACUGUGACAAAGCCGUUGGAUCGAGAGCUUCAUCCAGUUUAUGUCCUAAAGAUUGCGGCGCGUGAUCAGGCUGUCAAUGAGCCUCAGCUAGUGUCCACAGUGCCGCUUAAAAUCACCCUGGAAGACGUGAAUGAUAAUCCACCGAAGUUUGUACCCCCUAAUUAUCGUGUGAAGGUUCGGGAAGACCUCCCUAUCGGUACUGUGAUUAUGUGGCUGGAAGCUCACGAUCCUGAUAUUGGACCGUCUAGCCAGGUACGAUACAGCCUCAUCGAUAACGGGGACGGGAAUUUCGAAGUGGACAAACUCAGCGGCGCUUUGCGGAUCGUGCAAAACCUAGAUUACGAGACCAAGCAGGUGUACAAUCUGACGGCUAAGGCUAAAGACAAAGGGAAGCCAAUGUCUUUGUCGUCCACCUGCUUUAUCGAGGUGGAUGUUGUGGAUGUUAACGAGAACCUUUACAGGCCUCUGUUCCGAUCGUUUGUGGAAAAAGGAUUUAUUAAAGAGGAUGCAAUCGUUGGGACUUCUGUAAUGACUGUAAAAGCCGAGGAUGAGGACACAGGACGAGAUGGAGAGAUUCGAUACUCCAUAAGAGAUGGCUCUGGCCUGGGGAUAUUCACAAUCGAUGAGGAAACAGGUGUUAUUCGAACACAAGAACUGCUGGAUCACGAGACGACCCCCCACUACUGGCUCACCGUCUACGCCAUGGAUCGUGGUGUGGUGCCUCUCUCUGCCUUUGUUGAAGUCUACAUCGAAGUGCAGGAUGUCAAUGACAACGCGCCGCAAACCUCUGAACCCGUCUACUACCCCUCUGUGAUGGAGAACUCCCCUAAAGACGUGUCAAUCAUCCAGAUCAAUGCAGUGGAUCCAGACGCUAAAGCCAGCGAUAAACUCACUUACAGGAUCACCAGCGGCAAUCCCCAGGGUUUCUUCACCAUCAACACUAAGACAGGUUUGGUUACAACAACUUCAAGAAAGCUGGACAGGGAGCAGCAAGAUGAGCACAUUCUUGAGAUCACAGUCACUGACCAUGGCGCCCCUGCCAGGUCCACCACUGUCCGCGUCAUCGUCCGAGUCCUCGACGAGAAUGACAACAGACCGCUGUUCCUGGAGAAAAUCUACAAGAUCAAGCUCCCGGAGCGCGAGAGGCCAGAGAGGGAAAGAUCCACAAAGAGAGACCCGGUGUAUCGUGUUAUAGCUUCAGAUCGAGAUGAAGGACCAAAUGCAGAGAUCUCUUACAGCAUUGAAGAGGGAGAUGAAAAUGGAAAGUUUUUCAUCGAGCCAAAGACUGGCCUUGUGUCAUCUAAGAAGUUUUCCUCUGCUGGAGAGUACGACAUUCUUACAAUUAAAGCCGUCGACAAUGGGCGUCCUCAGAAGUCCUCCACUUGUCGCCUCCAUAUUGAGUGGAUUCCCAAACCGGAACUGCCAGCGGAUGCGGCUCCCCUGCUUUUCGAGGAGUCCCCCUUCACCUUCUCUGUAAUGGAAAGCGACCCGGUGGCACACAUGGUGGGCGUUGUGGCCACUGAAUCCUCUGAUGUUCCCGUGUGGUUUGAAAUCACAGACGGCAUAGAGGAUACUGAGAUGUUUUACAUCCUUCAGAUGGCUUGUGACCACAACUGUACAGCAGAAGGUGGUAAUUAUGACAGCCGCUUUGACGUUGGCAAGGCCAGCGGAACCUUGAUUGUUGCACGGCCCUUGGACGCAGAGCAGAAAUCGAAUUACAACCUGACGGUGGAAGCCACAGAUGGGACACGAACUGUCAGCACCCAGGUGCUGCUCCGUGUCAUCGACACCAAUAACCACCGGCCACAGUUCUCUGAGAGUUAUUAUGAGGUGAACGUCUCUGAGGACGAGCUGGCGGGGACUGAAGUUCUGCAAAUCAGCGCUGUGGACAGAGAUGAGAAGAACAAACUGACCUUUACGCUCCUCAGCAGUACUGAUCCUUUCAGCCUGAGGAAGUUCAGACUGGACCCGGGUACAGGCACUCUGUACACUACUGAACGCCUGGAUCAUGAGACUAUGCAUCGUCACGUCCUCACAGUCAUGGUUCGAGAUCAGGACAUUCCAGUUAAGAGAAACCUUGUGCGUGUUAUCGUCAAUGUGGGUGACACCAAUGACAAUGCACCCUGGUUUAUUGGCACACCUUACUCUGGCCGCGUGUUCGAGUCUGCAGCCAUAGGCUCGGCUGUGCUACAGGUCACAGCUCUGGACAAAGACAAAGGCCAUAACGCAGAGAUUGUCUACAGCAUCGAAUCAGGGAAUUUUGCAAACUCAUUUGCCAUCGACCCUGUUCUUGGGACCAUCACUGUAGCCAAAGAGCUUGAUCGCAGCAGCAAGACCCAGUUUGAACUCACAGUCAAGGCAUCUGAUAAUGGAAUCUCUCCACUGUCAACUACAGCCACUGUGCACAUCGUGGUAACAGUUUCUGACAACGCAGCCCCCAGAUUCACUGAAAAAGAGUUCUCUGCAGAAGUCAGUGAAUCAGCCCAUCCCGGAAGCUUUGUGAGCCUGGUGACAGCUGUCAGCCAGUCGUCUAUUUUCUAUCAAAUCAAAGGUGGCAAUAUAAACAAUGCAUUUGACGUAAACCCAAACUCUGGAGUUAUUGUGACCCAGAAAGCUUUGGAUUAUGAGACGGUCCCACAAUAUGUUCUCAUUAUACAGGGAACAAACAUGGCUGGACUUGCUCGUAACACUACACUUGUUAUUCAUGUAAAGGAUGAAAAUGACAAUGCUCCAGUUUUCCUCCAGAGGGAAUUCAAAGGCAUAAUCAGUGAGUCAGCCACUGUCAACAGUGUUGUUUUGACCCAAGAAAACACUCCUUUUGUCAUCCGUGCCACUGAUGCUGAUUGUGACCAAAAUGCCAUGCUCAUCUAUCAAAUAGUUGAACCUUUUGCACACAACUAUUUUGCCAUUGACUCAAGUACAGGGGCGAUUAGAAUUAUAACACCUUUGGAUUAUGAACAGAGGAAUGUUUUCCACUUCACAGUCCAGGUCCAUGAUCUAGGAAUGCCACGCCUGUUUGCAGAGACAGCAGCUAAUGUGACCAUUGAAGUAAUUGACGUUAAUGACUGCCCUCCAGUUUUUAGCCAAGAACUGUAUGAGACGACUGUGAUAAUUCCAACGUACAAGGGAGUAGAGGUCAUGAAAGUCAAUGCUACGGACUCAGACUCUGGACCCAAUGCCAAACUUCUUUUCUCCAUCUCUGAGGGCAACAUCGGGGAUAAAUUUAAGAUGGAUCCAAUCACAGGCAUUAUCUCUAUUCAGAAUGUCACCCAGCUCAGAAGCAGGUAUGAGCUUAAGGUCAGGGUUUCUGAUGGUAGAUUUGCCUCGGUUGCUACAGUAAAGAUAAAUGUGAAGGAAAACAGAGAAAGUAAGCUGAAAUUCACCAGGGACACCUACAAAGCCUACAUCCAAGAGAACUCAUCUGAGAAGAAAACACUCGCAGUUAUUGCUGCUGUCGGAAACCAGGUGAACGAGCCUUUGUUUUUCAAAAUCUUGAACCCCGACAGCAGGUUUGAAAUCAGUCGCACAUCUGGAGUAAUCUCAACCACUGGAAUUCCCUUUGAUCGUGAGACACAGGACACUUUUGAUAUCGUUGUUGAGGUCACCAAAGAGGACAAAUCUGAAGAAGGGGCUCAUGUUUUAGUUACUGUGACAGUGGAAGAUGAGAAUGACAACACACCUAUGUUUGUCAAUCUUCCUUACCAUGCCCUUGUCCAGAUGGAUGCAGAGGAAGGCCAGGUCAUUCGACAGGUUACGGCAGUGGACAAAGACAUGGGCUCGAAUGCAGAUAUCCAUUACAGCCUGAAGGAACACCAGGAGCACUUUCAAAUUAGCCCCUCUGGUGAAAUCUCUGUCAAAAAGAAAUUUGAGACAGAGUCGCUAAACAAAGACUUCGUCAUCGUUGUUAUGGCAAGGGAUAAUGGAGAGCCAGCACUCUCAGCUGAAGUAGAAGUGCCAAUAACAGUGGUGAACAAAGCAAUGCCUGUGUUUGAAAAGCCUUUUUAUAGCAUUGAAAUCCCUGAAAACAUCCAGUUACACACACCAGUGCUUCAUGUACAGGCAAAUGAUUCUGAAGGCCCUCGUAUUGUGUACACCAUCUCCGAAGGAGAUCCUUUUAAACAGUUCUCAAUAGAUUUUAACACAGGUGUAAUUCAUGUCAUUCAGCCUCUGGACUUUGAGACACAUCCUGCUUAUAAGUUGAAUGUAAGAGCAACAGAUUCCCUGACUGGAGCACACUCUGAAGUGUUUGUUGAUAUCAUACUGGAGGAUGUUAAUGACAAUGCCCCUGUGUUCCUGUCAAAGACCUACUAUGCUAAUAUUUCAGAGGCUUCUGUCAUUGGUACAUCUGUGCUGCAAGUUGAAGCCAAAGACUCUGACACCGGCAACAACCAAGAAGUGUUCUUUCAGUUGGUUGAGGAAAAAGGGAAGAGUUCAGACUACUUCAGCAUUGACAGGGACACUGGGAUUAUUUCAACAGCUCAAGUUCUUGAUCAUGAGGAGAUCCAGCAGCAUAAACUGAAAGUCAGAGUUGUAGAUGGUGGAGUCCCAGCUCUGUCUAGUGAAGUUAUUGUAACGAUUGACGUCACGGACCUGAAUGACAACCCUCCAGUGUUUACGGAGCAAGUGUACAAAUCCACUAUCAGUGAACUGGCUCCACGUGGUCACUUCAUCACCCAAGUCCAAGCAUCAGAUGCAGACAGCUCUGACAAAGAUAACUUGGAGUUCUCCAUCAUAUCCAGCAAUGAGGAUCUGAACUUUUCCAUUGACAAGAAGACAGGCGCCAUUGUCAUUUCCAACCACCGUAGGCCACAUAUGCUUCCUCUUUACAACCUCAACAUUUCAGUUUCAGACGGUGUGUUCAGAAGCUCUGCCCUUGUCAUGGUAACAGUUAUUGGGGCCAAUUUCCACAACCCCACCUUUGCUCAGGGGGAUUAUGUUGUAGAGCUUGUUGAGAACUCACCAGUUGGAACAUUGGUAGCUGAAGCAAAGGCAACCGAUGAAGAUGAGGGGCUUUAUGGGCUAAUAACGUACCAGAUCGUCAAUGACUUUGCAAAAGACAAGUUCUCAGUCAAUGAAAAUGGAGAGAUUUUCACACUAGAGAUCCUUGAUCGUGAGAAUACAGUUGAGAAAGUUAUUCCUAUCUCACUCAUAGCUAAAGACGGUGGUGGAAAAGUCGGAUUUUGCACAGUCAAUGUAAUUCUCACAGAUGUCAAUGACAAUGCUCCACAAUUCAGGGCAGCUGAAUACAAAGCCACUAUUGCAUCAGAUGUCCCAAGGGGAACCUCUGUUGUUAAAAUAGCUGCUUCGGACAUGGAUGAAGGAAGCAAUGCAGACAUUGAGUACUCAAUUGAAGCAGAUGUUGAAAAUGUAGAGGAGAACUUUGAAAUUCAUCCAACUUCUGGGGUCAUUGUAACUAAAGAGAGUCUCAUUGGGCUUGAGAAUGAGCUGUAUGCAUUCUUUGUAAGAGCAAAGGAUACUGGGAAUCCGCCCAAACACUCUGUUGUACAGGUAUACAUCAGGAUCGUUGCACCAGAGACGCCAAUUCCCAAAUUCACCGAGCCUCAUUACCGCUACACAAUUGCUGAAGACCUUCCCAUUGGCACCGAGAUUGAUGUAAUUCAGGCCCAGAGCGAGCAACCAGUUGUUUACAGCCUUGUCAGGGGCAACACUCCUGAGAGCAAUGAGGAUGAGGUGUUUGUCAUGGACCGGGACAGUGGAGCCUUGAAGCUUCAGAAAAGCCUUGAUCAUGAGACAACCAAAUGGUACCAGCUGACUUUGCUUUGCCAAAGCAAACAAGAGAACUAUGACUUGGUAGCAUCAGUUAAUAUAAAUAUUCAAGUGAAAGAUCUGAAUGACAACAAGCCUGUCUUUGAGUCGGACCCUUACGAGGCCGUCGUUGCGGAGAACCUUCCAAGUGGGACUCAAGUGAUCCAAGUCAAAGCCAAUGACCUAGACUCAGGAACCAACGGCCAUGUUGUUUACAGCCUGGAUCCAAAGCAGAACACGCAGGAGAUCGCUGAACUGUUUGCAGUAAACAGUGAAACUGGAUGGGUCACCACAUUGAAAGAGCUAGACCGUGAAAAGGUGAACAAAUACACUAUUGCAGUUCUCGCCACAGACCAAGGCGACAGAGUCCAACACAGUACCGGCACCAGAGUGGAAGUAACAGUCGCUGAUGUGAAUGACAACCCGCCGCGCUUCACUGCAGAGAUCUACAAAGGCACAGUCAGCGAAGACGACCCACCUCCCAGCGGGGUGAUCGCCAUCCUCAGCACCACAGAUGAUGACUCAGAGGACAUCAACAAACAAGUGAACUACUUCAUCACAGGAGGGGACCCACUCGGACAGUUUGCCAUUGAACACAUUCAGAAUGAAUGGAAGGUCUCUGUCAGAAAGCCCUUGGACCGUGAAGAGAAGGACAAUUAUCUACUUAACAUUACUGCCAGUGAUGGCAUCUUCACAGCUAAAGCUGUUGUGGAGGUCAAGGUACUGGAUGCAAAUGACAACAGCCCUGUUUGUGAAAAGUCCUUGUACAGCGAGAAUGUCCCAGAGGACUCUCCAGCCGGCAGGCUCAUCUUGCAGGUCUCUGCCACAGAUGCUGACAUCCGCUCAAACGCCCAGAUCUCUUAUGAGCUCCAGGGAGUUGGAUCUGAAUUGUUCAUCAUUGACACUGAUACAGGGGAGCUGAAGACUUUACAGCCUUUGGACAGAGAGGACAGAGACCAGCACAAGUUUAAAGUACGCGCUGUGGACGGAGGCGGGCGGUACUGCGAGGCCGACAUUCUCAUCACAGUGGAAGACGUCAACGACAACCCGCCACAGUUUUCAUCUGACCCCUACACCAUCACAGUCUUUGAGAACACAGAAAUGGGGACGUAUGUAGCUAAACUGCAGGCAAACGACGUUGAUACUGGUGUGAACAGCAACAUUGUCUACUCGUUGGUCGAUACUGCCGAUGGAUUUUUCUCUAUUGAUGAGAACACCGGUGUGAUGAGCCUGGAGCGUCCCCUGGACCGCGAGGUGCAGUCCACAUAUGAGCUGAAGGCCCGUGCCAGUGACCAGGGUUCCCCACGCCUCUCCUCGCUGUGCCAGGUGGUGAUCUCUGUCCUGGAUAUCAACGACAACCCGCCAGUGUUUGAACACCGCGAAUACACAGCCACUGUGUCUGAGGAUGUUGCCGUGGGCACACAGCUGCUCAGAGUGCAGGCAGCCAGCCGAGACACGGACGCCAACGGAGAGAUCUCCUACAGCAUCAUCAGUGGGAAUGAGCACGGCAUGUUCAGUGUUGACCCACGCACUGGUGACAUCUUUGUGAUUGAGCCGUUGGACUACGAGGUGUCCCAUGAAUACUACAUCACCAUCGAGGCUACAGAUGGCGGCUCACCACCGCUCAGUGACAUGGCCACUGUGAACAUCAACCUGACUGAUGUUAAUGACAACAAACCUGCCUUCAGCCAGGAAGUCUACACAGCCGUCGUCAGCGAGGACGCAGAGCUGGGAAAGAUAGUCUUGGUGGUAAUGGCUGAGGAUUUAGACGGACCCUCCUACAAUCACGUGCGGUACUCCAUCGUUGAUGGUAACCAAGGCAGCCCGUUCACCAUCGAUCCACUCAGAGGAGAGCUUAAAGUCGCUCGCCAGCUGGACAGAGAACGAACUUCUGGGUACACUUUGAUGGUCCUUGCCACAGACAAUGGGUUGCCCUCUCUUUCCAGCAGUGCCAAGAUCAACAUCGACAUCUCGGACGUCAACGAUAACCCGCCGCUUUUCUCCCAGGCCAACUACAGCCUCAUCAUCCAGGAGAAUCAACCAAAAGGCACGAGCGUUCUCCAGCUCACCAUGACCGAUCGGGAUGCUUCCCACAAUGGCCCACCUUUCACCUUCACCAUCGUGGAUGGGAACGAGGGUGACUCUUUCCACAUCAAUCAGCAGGGAGCUCUCGUGGCCGUGGGGGCGCUGAAUAGGAAAAGUAAAGAACAGUACCUACUUCAAGCACAGGUGUCAGACAGCGGCAAACCUCAGCUCUCCUCCACCACCUUCAUCAGUGUUCGUAUCAUCGAGGAGAGCGUCUACCCUCCUGCCAUUCUCCCUCUGGACAUCUUUGUCACCACAGCUGGGGAUGAAUACCCCGGAGGAGUCCUGGGCAAGAUCCAUGCCACAGACCAAGACAUCUAUGACACUCUCACCUACAGCCUCGCCCCCUCUUCUUCUCAAUCCUCAGAUGAGAGCAGCGCCUUGUUUUCGGUCUCCUCCUCCGAUGGUAAAGUCAUCGCCCUUCGCCCGCUGGACGUGGGACACUACCCCCUCAAUGUGACAGUGACAGAUGGACGCUUUACCACAGCUGCUGAUGUCACCGUGCAUGUGAGGCAAGCGGCUCGUCAGGCGCUGGAUAACUCCAUCGCAGUUCGCUUUGCAAAUAUCGCCCCUGAGGAGUUCAUUGGGGACUACUGGCGCAACUUCCAGCGAGCGCUGAGAAACAUCGCAGGAGUCAGGAGGAGUGAGGUUCAACUAGUGAGUCUGCAGCCUUCAGAGCAGGGAGAUCUGGACGUGCUGCUGACUCUGGAGAGAUCUGGCAGCCCCUAUCAAUCUCAGGAGGUCGUCUUCCGUAAGCUGAACUCCUCUGCUGCUGUGAUCGAGGAGAUGACGGGGGUUCGUAUCAUCCGUGUGGUGCAGAAGCUGUGCACAGGUCUGGACUGCCCACUACGUUUCUGUGAUGAGGUCAUCACCCUGGACAAGACAGCCAUGUCCACUCACAGCACGGCUCGCCUCAGCUUCGUCACGCCUCGACACCUGCGGACUGCAACCUGCCAAUGUGAAGGUGGCAGAUGUCCUGUGUUGAACAAUCUGUGUGAGAGCAGCCCAUGUCCUGAGGGUAUGGAGUGUGUGGCAGAUCCUACAGAUCCCGUGUACAGUUGUGUUUGUCCAGAGGGCAAAAAGGGAAAAUGUUCCGAUGGCCACUCUCUGACGUUCAGCGGCAGCGGCUAUGUGAAGUACCACCUGAUGGAGAAUGAGAACAAGGAGCUGAUGAAGCUCUCUCUGAGGCUCAGGACCUUCUCCAGCCAUGCCACUGUCAUGUAUGCUAAAGGAACUGACUACAGCAUCCUUGAGAUUGUGAAUGGACGUCUUCAGUACAAGUUCGACUGCGGCAGCGGCCCCGGCCUUGUCUCCGUCCACAGCGCUCAGGUGAACGACGGCGAGUGGCACACUGUCUCCUUGGAGGUGGAUGGAAAUUACGCUAAGCUGGUGCUGGACCGGGUGCAUGCCGCCUCAGGCACAGCGCCCGGCACCCUGCGUACUCUCAACCUUGACAACAGCAUCUACUUUGGCGGUCACGUACGACAGCACGCCCCAGCUCGCCACGGGCGCAGCCUGCCUGUCACCAACGGGCUACGUGGCUGCAUGGAAGCCAUGACGCUCAACGGGCAGGAGCUGCCUCUUAACACCAAAGCUCAGCGGGCGCAUGCUGUGCUGGAGGACAUCGUGGACGUUGCUCCAGGCUGCGCGCUCGCACCUGCUGAGAGUUGUUCCAGCAACCCAUGCACGAACGGAGGGAGCUGCACCUCGCUGCCUAAUGGAGGAUACUUCUGCAAGUGUCUGGCCUCUUUCAUGGGCACCCACUGUGAGAUUGGAAUCAGCCCCUGUGCCUCCAAUCCCUGCUUGUAUGGAGGCACGUGUGUCCCUCGCGCAGGCGACUUCUACUGCCAGUGCAGAGGGCAGUACUCAGGACAGAGGUGCCAGUUGGGGCCGUACUGCAGAGACAACCCGUGUAAAAACAGCGGCAAGUGCAUCGACAGUCUGGAUGGUCCAGUGUGUGAGUGUGAGCCAGGCUUCCAGGGAGACAGGUGUCUGAGUGAUGUUGACGAGUGCAUGAAGAACCCCUGUUCAAACGGUGGCCUGUGCCACAACACGUACGGCUCCUACAGGUGUAACUGCUCCCUUGGCUUCAGCGGGCAGAUUUGUGAGCUCCGCGCCGAGGUCCGCAAUGAGUUUGUCUCCACCUCCUGGAACAUCGGCCUGGAGGAGGUGAUCGGCAUUGUGGUCUUCGUGUCCAGCAUCUUCAUCCUGGUGCUCCUCUUCAUCAUCAUCCGUAAGAGGGCGUGUCGCAGCAAGUCAAAGUCGGACGACGACAAACACGGGAGUUCAAACGUGCCUCACUCCUUCCUGCAGAGGCCAUUCUACGACGCCAAACUCAACAAGAACAUCUACUCGGACAUCCCACCUCAGGUCCCCGUCAGGCCCAUCUCCUACACUCCCAGCAUUCCUAGCGACUCGAGGAAUAAUCUGGACAGGAACUCAUUUGAAGGCUCGGCCAUCCCAGAGCAUCCGGAGUUCAGCACCUUCAACCCAGACUCCAUGCACGGACACCGCAAGACUGUGGCUGUGUGCAGCGUAGCACCCAACCUGCCUCCUCCCCCACCCUCCAACUCAGUGUCAGACAGCGACUCCAUCCAGAAACCGAACUGGGACUACGACUAUGACGCUAAAGUGGUCGACUUGGACUCGUGUCUGACAAAGAAGCCCGUGGAGGACAGUGCGUGUCACCCCUACAACACUCGGGGCAGCAUGUCUGAGGUCCACUCCCUCAGCUCCUUCCAGUCAGAGUCCUGCGAUGAUAACGAGUCUUUUUUGGCUCAUGAUCUCAAGAACCCAAGAGGAUAUCACUGGGACACAUCUGAUUGGAUGCCAAGUGUUCAACUUCCUGGAAUCCAGGAGUUUCCUCAGUAUGAGGUUGUGGAGUCGCCCGCCCCCUUGUACAGCGACCCCAAUGCCAUCGACACCGAUUACUACCCCGGCGGCUUCGACAUCGAGAGCGACUUCCCUCCGCCGCCGGAGGACUUCCCCGCAAACGACGACCUGCCCCCUCCCCCUCUGCCUGAGUACGCUGACCGCUGCGACACGCUGCGGCCUCUGGGCAGAGAUCUGGACCCGUCUACGACCGGUCCAGGAGGCUCGCCUGGGGUCCGCCAGCGGCCAGCUUUGCCCCAGCUCUACAGCCUUAACCAAUACCUGCCGCAGCACUCGUAUGCCAGCGACUCUGGUGACAACGAGGGGCAGGGCGCCACCUCCACCUCAAACACCACCACCCCUGCUUCCACCAUGGGCACCAGCGGGUACAGAGGCGGGUACUCGUUAGGAUGUAGUCGGGACUUUGACUCGUCAGCUCUGGACAACAUGUCCAUGUCUCUGUACACGUCCACAGCCUCCUGCUCGGACAUGUCGGCGUGCUGCGAGGAGUCCGAGGUGAUGAUAAGUGACUACGAGAGCGGCGACGAGGGUCACUUUGAGCGGCUGGUCAUCCCGGGGCUGGACUCCCAACAGCACACUGAAGUCUGACACUGGAUCCAAACAAAAGUGCCUGAACCCACAGUUACACCUUAUGUUCGCCGCCACACACCACCUACACUGUAUGUGUACGCAGAUAACACAACACACACACACAUUUACACACAAACAAGAUGAAAUGAGUCACACACAGGGGUUGUUGAGACUGGUUUAAAGGCCAAUCAGCUGAGAAGAUCUGGAAGAAGCUACAAGAGAGACUCUGUAGCAUCGUAUUGUCUGCUCAGUCCAACUCCUGCCCCUUUAAGAGGGCGGUGCCAUCGCUUUAACUAACUGUCGUCAUUCACAGGAAGUGGAUAGUCUGAAGGAUCAUCGUUUCAGUGUACAAGAGCAUCAAGAGAAAAAAAUAUUCACCAUUGUAUCUUCGUUUCUAUAAAUAAAACCAAGCAAAGUUUUUUUUUAUACAAGUCCUUGUUUUCAAUGUAAAUUUACCUGUACAGUUUUGAUUUUAAAGUUUACUAGGUUUUGUAGAUAUUCUAUGCUUUUAUUUUCAACAAAAAAAGAGUUAAAUGGUGUGACAUUAUCAGCCUUACUGUGCUUACAUUCACAAAAAUAAGAAAAAAAAAACAAAUGUUUUAAAAAAGAGAGAAGAAGAAGAAGAAGAAAAGAGCGUGGCUUUUCUGAAACACACAAUGUACUCGUUAACGUUUAUUGUCUCCUGGUCAUUUCAAAAAGGGUCUUCAAUGAACGACUGCAUAUUCUUGUGUUGUUUUUUUAUUUGUUUGUUUGUAAAUUUUGACUUUGGAACCUCUUUAUUUUUCCACCAAGAAAAUGGGACCCAAUAUAUUUAUAGUGCAGAGUUAUCCAUGGACACGUGACUUUUUCAGGUGUCUAUGUGUGUGUGAGCAAUGCUAUGGUCUUGUUAAGGUUUUUAUUGAAUACUGCCACGAGCUCACGCUUUCCUACUGGCAAUAAAUUAUUCCUAAAAAAUA